UAUUAUUGAUAUUAAUGACUAGAUAAUAAAAUAACAACGUAAUUUAAGCUAUAAGAUUAUUUUAUUAUAAAAUGAUGGGGAACUCCUACUCGUACGUUUUUGUUUUGGUUAAAUUGAGGACAAGGAUUAGAUAUAAUAAACUCGGACUAAACUUAUGAUAUUCGGCAGCGAAGAGGGGUCACAGUGAAAAGAGCCCAUGAUAGAUAUAAAAGUCUGUUAAUUUGCCCCAGAGGGUUAUUCUGUUAAAAUAGUUUCAAUGAAGAGCAUUAUUUUUAAGUCGAAAGUGAAAUAUUAUGAUUUUGGUCAGAAUGGGUCACUAUUACAAAAUUUUGAGAAAAGUAUUUGUUGUUGCUAGUAUUGGUGUUAUUUUUUCUUUCUUUCUGACCAACACUUCAGCUGCGGUUAUCACCGAAAUACAUCAGAAUAGCGAAGUAACAAAGAACUGUCCGGAUAAAGAUUGUAAAGAACUUUAUUUAGAACUCACUAAAAAAAUUAAUACAACGCUCGACAUGAAUAUAAAUCCUUGUAACAACAUUCAACAAUUUGUUUGCGGUCACUCUAGACUUGAGAGCUUUUCAGAAAAAACCAACGUGAACUAUGAUAUCAUGAGCAAACAUCUUGAAAAUUUGGUGACGCAAUCAGGUGAUUUCGCCGACUUCAGACCCUUUAAACUUAUCAACGAUAUUUACAGAACAUGCAUGAGAUACGAAAAUGCUGGACAGCAAUCUUUGGAUCUUCUGCGCGAUGUUAUUAAAAAGCUCGGCAGCUGGCCUCUUUUGGAAGGAGACAAUUGGAAAGAAUCGGAUUUCGAUUGGAUAGAUUUUUCAAUAAAAACCCAAAACAUCGGAUUAGCAUCGUUUCAUUUCUUAGAUUUCACGAGGUUCCAAAAUAAACAUGAUGGUGAGCCAACAGUCGGCUUGCUACUCUACGUUGCUUCUGGUGAAUUUUCGAGAUCCGCUCCGUCGAAUACUGUAAUUGCUGCUUACAAAAAUUAUAUUGCUAAAGUCUCUGAAUUGCUAGGAAACACCCAAACAUCGAAAGAAGAAAUUGAUGAAAUGGUUGCAUUCGAAUGUGACAUUUCUAAACUAAACAAUGAUCAAAAAUUUGAUAAUACAGAAAUAUCAUUCUAUGAACUUACCAAAGAAUUUCCAUCAACGAAUUGGCAAAAAUUCUUUGAAAAUAUUCGAGUUUGUAACAAUGAAACUCCAACGAAUCUUUCAAAAUUAAGUGUUAUGAAACUUCCGGCCCUUUCUGGCUUUUUCGAGCUCAUGGAAAAAACUCCGAAACGUGUCCAAGUAAAUUACGCAGUAUGGAGAAUAAUACAAGAAACGAUUCUUUAUUUGACAGAGGAAUUUCGUGAGCUACAACGCGAAUACUGUUUGACUCAGAAGUGCAUGAUCGAGAGGCGUGAGACCUCUUGCUUAAGCGUUAUCGGAGAUUAUCUAGAUCCCGCUCUUAAGUUAUUGUUUGCUAAAAAUUUCUACAAAAAUGGCAUCGAUAUGAUUAUCACAGAAAUGGCAGUAAAUAUAAAAGAGCAAUUGGUGGAUUUGAUAAACGAGUCGACUUGGAUGGACAAAGGAACUAAAAAUCAGGGAAUUGAGAUACUUGGAAAUAUGUCAUUCGUAAUUGGUUUUAAAGACAAGAAUAAUACCGAUGAUGAAUUUCUAAAAUAUUACGAAAAUUUAGAAAUAGACACGAAUAAUUAUCUCCAGACGCUAAUAAAUUUGGAAUUGUUUGAUCAAAAAUUCGAUACCUACACAAAUUUAAUUAAAAUAAAUUCUCACAAUAUAGUUACAUCUGAUCAUGUAUACAACGAUAAAGGAGUGCUCUAUGUGCCAAUGUCAAUGCUUCAAGAACCGUUCUUCAGUGUUCAUUAUCCGAUGUAUGUAAAUUACGGUUACACUGGUAAAGCCAUUGCCGAUGAAAUAGUAAAGACGAUUGUUUCUUUGGGAAUAGACAAUCUUAGUAGCAUUGAUUUGCGUAGAGUUUAUCAUAAUAAAGCAACAUGUUUCGAGCAACGAAUGAAGAAUUAUACUUCUGAUAACGUAGGACGUCCGAUUGAAGAAUUGUUUUACGCUAAAAAACAAAUUAGCGAACAUAUCGCUUACAAAGCAACAUAUCGAGCUUACCAAAAAUGGCUCACCGAAAAUGGAAUUGAACCCUCGCUACCCGAAUUACCCUUCUCAAAUAAUCAGUUGUUCUGGAUUAAUUCAAUUCGUAAUUCCUGUAAUAAUUUUCAAAAAGAACCAAUAGUUAUCGAUAAUAAGUAUUCCGUUUUUGACUUUUAUAAAAUAAGAGCUGUGACAAAUUUCCGAGAAUUUCAUAAAGAUUUCAAUUGUCCAGCUGAUGGUUCAUUUGUUGAAAAUUAUGGACCUGCGUGCACUUUCUAAUAAGUUUUCCCGGGAAAAAAUGAUUUUGCCUAAUUAUAUAUAAUUAUAUAUGAUUAUAUAUGGAAUAUAUAUAAUUAUAUAUGGUAUUAUAUAUACUUAUAUAUGGUUAUAUAUAGGCCUAUAUAUAAGUAUAUAUAGCCUUAUAUAUAAUUAGACCUAAUUAUACCGGGAAAAAAAUGAUUUUGCCUGAUUAUAUAUAGAAUAUAUAUGGUUAUAUAUAGACCUAUAUAUAAGUAUAUAUAGUCUUAUAUAUAAUUAGACCUAAUUAUA